AUGAUGAGCUGCGGAAAGAAGCGUGGCCGUGCAGGGCAUGAAGCACCAGUAGAAGCAGGGCCUCGGAUCGAGCACUGCAACAAGAAACAGAAACAUUGCAACGCGAACAGCAACAGUAAUGGCGCACUACUCACGGUCCAGCAACCUGGAAGCUUGUGCCGAAUCGCGAACAACAUUCAGCUCAAGAAAGCUUUGUGCCUGGCCGAUUCGUAUGCCGCGGAACGGCAGAAGCAGGAGGGGAAGAAGAAGAAGAAGAAAAGGGAAAAGCAAAGAAAACAUGCACUCCCUGGAUCCACCUCUGAGCAUGUCAAAUCAUCAAACACCACCGUCGACAAUCGUGGGCGCAAGUUGACCUCAACAAACCCGGGCACAACUCAGCACGCUCUCCAUCUGGUUCCCAACGACUCGAAGGAAGUCCGACCGAGCGAUACCUCCAGCGCCAAGUUAAGCAAAAGACGCCGUCAACGCGAGAGGAGGCAGCGUCGUGCACUGCAAUUGGAAGCCGAACAGACUCCACGGCCUGCUGUCACCGCAAUCGAGACUCGUAUAAAACAGCUCGAUUCUGAAUAUCAGAACAGGAACCUGAAAGCAUGCCCACCCGCACCACAUGUAAGGACCCAAGUGGCGCAGACCACAAAAACUUUGCUGCGUGCCAAAUCUACCAUCACACCUUCGGCUCAGCUCGCCCUGGAUCGUCAAGGAUUAGAGCAUGCGAAAGAGCUGUCCAAGGCAGGUGCACGGAGUUGGACAUGCUUGCCGACCACGAGCAUUGGAUGCGCACAAGCCUCAAGUCUGUCAAAGCCGCAACUGCCCAUCGACAAUUCCAUCACACCCGCUGCUCAGCGUGCUAGUGAUCUAGUUGGCUUGAAGCAGGCGAAAUGCUUGUCGCUCGCAGGUGCUCAAAAGCAUCGCAGCCUUCAAGAUACCACCUGUAAGAAUAUGCCCGAGGUGACUGAUAGCCAUUUACUUCCCACGCCCAGGUACGGCUUCUUCGCUGACUUGGUUGGAGACACUUCAGCUCUCGAGGCUCCGGUGUCUGUGUCAUGGUUCACGGCUAAGGAUGUACUUGGCAACCCAUAUUGCGCAGAGGACACGUUGCGUGGGCUUCUGACCACAUUGGUCUUCAAUGUUGAUGAUGCAACUGCGGCAGAUGCCUUUGUUGGUGCAUUCAGCUAUAAGCUGCACGCUCAACCCGAUACACCGCUCAACAAACCGCUUCCCGAAGAGCUCGAAAAGACAAAGCAACUGUCCGAGCGGGCGUCCGGUCACCUUUCGCUUGUGGCUGAUGGACCCAAAGUUGCCAGGCUGCCGGACCCUCCCACACAGAUUGAGCUUUGUGAUGAGCAGAAAGAUCUGGUCGACCUCGUAUUGACGGGCCACAACGUAUUCUACACAGGAUCGGCAGGUACGGGAAAAUCGACGGUUCUGCAUGCCUUCUUCGAGCGUCUGAUCUCUCAAGGAAAGCGGGUCGAGAAGCUCGCGCCUACUGGCCUCACAGCUUUGAAUAUCGGAGGGCAGACUUACUUCAGAUUCGCUGAUUGGAAACCGGACAGUAAGAAACGGCAUCUCGAUGUAUUCAAAAACCAGGCAAGGAGCGGAAGGCAGUACAGGAGGAUGAACGAAGCCGAUGUUAUCAUAAUCGACGAGAUCAGCAUGCUGGAGGCGCACCAGCUCGAACGCCUAGAUGCCGCCUUCCGAGCCGCACGCCAGCCUGGCAGGUGUGGAUGUCAGUGUCCUCCUCAUGAGAAGUCUUGCAAGGUGAUCGCCGAAUGGUUCGACACUGGAUAUGGUAGCAGAAAUUCCCGAUCUCCCCAUGAUCCGGAGCUUCCGUUUGGCGGCGUCCAGGUCGUCAUCACGGGAGACUUCAACCAACUGCCGCCUGUGAAGCCGUUUUCGACAUGUUUUCCUUGCGGGCGAGAGACGAAGCCCCAAAACUCGAAUCGUGGGCCGUGGACAUGUGAUCAGUGCCCCAACAAGACCUUCUAUCUGGAUGAUCGGUGGGCGUUUCAGAGUGAUGCUUGGAAGAGCUGUAACUUUGUAAAUGUCAACUUGACUGAGAUCCACAGACAAGCAGAUCCAGACUUUGUCGCCAUUUUGGAAACCGUGCGAAACUCCGGAGAUCUCUCUCCAGACCAAAUUGCACUUCUCCUGGAUCAUCCCUGUGACAUUGAGGGUGCAGUUCACCUGUUUCCAAGGAAUCGAAAAGCCGAUAAAUGCAAUGCUGAAAAUCUUGCAAAGAUCAAGCGGACACCACGAUUUUUUUUCUGCUACGACAAUCGAAUGGAGGGCGGAGAACAUCAUCAAGCGUGCUCGGGGAAACGUUCUGCUCGCAAACUUAAGGCAUUGAAAGACCAUCGAUUUGCAGAGUCGUUGGAACUGAAGGUUGGCAUGCGCGUAAUGUACUUGGUAAACAGUCCAGAUGAUCCAGAGAUCGUCAACGGAAGCCAAGGCGAAGUCGUGGGWUUUCUUCCCUACAAGCCAACGGCACUGAAUGACCGACGAUGUCUGAACGCCACGAGUGUCCCAUUGGCUUCAGGUGAGCACGCCGGAUACCGAAAUCUCAGUGUGCGUAACUGGAUCACACAGUCUCUAGUGCACGAAUGGCCGAUCGUCCGUUUCCUCAACGGGAAAAAGAAAGUCAUACAUCCAGUGUGCGAAGUGAAGGAGAUCGGGAACAAGCAGCCAUUCACACUUCAGUCCCGCACACAGCUUCCGCUGGUACCUGCCUGGGCCAUCACAAUUCACAAGAGCCAGGGCAUGAGUCUGGAUAGGGUCAAAAUGGAUUUGGAUGAUUCUUUCGAGCSCGAGAUGACUUAUGUUGCCUUGUCCAGGGCGAGGUCGCUUCAAGGCUUGAAAAUAACAAGUCAUGAUGGACUGGCUGUCUUGCAGGGUCGGAAUGGACGGGAUAAUUGUGCGGUACGAGAAUUCUUGGAGGGUUGUUUUGGGAAGCCCAAAGGUCAUACAAAGGCCUUGCACGCGGAUAUUGUACGUCUCCCAUAA